UUUAUUUUAUGGCUGGUUUAUUUAUAAAUUAGAAUAGGUAAUCAUAAACUUCCUGUACAGGAAAGUGUGAAACGACCUUGAAAUGGCGGAUGAUACAAUUAAUUUUGUAAAACUCUCUGUUGCAAUAUUAUUUUUUUCAGACAAAUUACACGGCUUAAUCUUUGAGAGAUUGCUAUGUGAAAAUUCUGAUGCAGAACUCAACUGUCCUGUUGGAAAAGCAAUAGACGAUAUCAAUAUUACAUUUAAUGACGAACAAGAUGCUUGCAGUCUUACAGAUGACGAUUAUACAGGGACCAUAGCUUUGAACUCAACAUAUUACCCAUCAUGCAUUGGUCACAACUCGUGUGUAUUAACGGACAAAAUUGUCAAUUUUUUUAGUUCAGUUGCGGUCAAAACGAAGAAGUUAUUUAUCGAAUAUCACUGUGUUCAUGAAAUGAAUCAGCACCAUAACCCAAAGGAUGCUAGAACUGUUUGUCCCUUCAAUAUGGAGUCAGUAAAAUGUGGAAAUAGAUUAAGACAAAUAGAAAUUCAGUCGGUUGAAUUGAUGCAGUAUUCAUCGUUUUGCGAAAAUCAAAAUUGGGAUAUAAAUUGCACAGACUUGAUUCACCAGAGAUUAAAUACAUCAUGCAAUGGAAAACAAAAAUGUGAACCACUUAUUUGGAAAGAAUCAAUCUCUACAUGGGAUGAUUGUAUCAGAAUACCAAAGUUUGUUAAUAUCUCAUUCAGUUGUAUAAAAGCAAUCCUUCCUAAUAUUCCGUUACAAGAUGAAACAAAUGUAGUAGGUGUGGCAGUAGGCGUUACAGUUGGACUUAUUACAAUUGUCGGAGUCAUUGUUGUGUAUAUAUGGUUUAUUAGAAGAAAAGUGACAGAUGACAAACAGGAUAUAACUUAUCAUCAAGAUGAAAACAAAUAUAACACCGGCAAUGAAAACACCGAAAUUCCUUCGGACUCCAACUAUGAGAUGUUGACAGCUGAUCAAGAAUCGAAAAGUUAUGAUAAAUUAUAUCUAGAUUUUAGGCAACAUUCUUGUCGAGAUCAUCCAGACAGAAACAACAAAGACAUCGAAAAUGAAUACAUUAUUCCGUGUCAGGUAACCCAAAAGAAUAAAUCGAAACAAACAUAUGAGGACCAAACAGUCAAUCACAUAGAAUUGAGCAUUGGAACUGGAAUCAGAGAACAAACACAGAGUUCAUUAUCCAAUUCUGCAGAUUAUUUUAUAGUUCUUGAACCUAAAGGGGACCAACAUGUACAACAUCCCAAUUCCAAUAUAUACGAAAUGGCAAAACCUAUAAAUGGAAAUGUAAUGGAUAAAUAAGAAAAUGUAUCAGAAAAUGAACAUUUUGUAUUCGAUUAAGAUCAAUUAGAUGUUUCGGGAAAACAUAUUUGCCCUGUUAAUCAGCAGGACAUAUAUAGUAGAACUGUUGACCCAGUGAACUAUAGUUCUUCUCAAAGCAACAUAAAACUGUUAUCCAUCUUACAUGCGACAAAGUCUAUCGUUCGACAACAAAACAUGCCUUUAAUAAAGCAUUACAUUAUUUGUUACAGCUAGCAUUAUUCUUCAUGUUCCGCUAUAAAGAUGAUGUUCUCUCAUUCAAAAUUCAGUGCUUGAUGACUAUGUUGAACUAUUCCAUCCCAUUGAACUUUAAAGAAAGGAUACUGCAGUUACAUUUAAAUCUGCUUUGUGUCUUCAAUUACAUCCAGAAAUUGAUUAUUGUGGCAACAUUCCAGCAGAGAUGUCCAUAUGGUUGUGCUAAUCUUCCAGGUGAUACCAUAUUAGCUUGCAUAUCAAUCACGAUUUCCUCGAUCAAAAGAUGUUGCUUACAACGAAGAUGAUAAACCGAAAUUCCGAAUGAAAAACUUGGAUAUUAUUCUUUAGAGAUAUGUAUUAAUUUUUCUUAUCUAAAUGGAAUACAUGUCACAGAUAACCUCAGAUAUGUUUUAUAAAAUGUUGUAUGUUUUUUUUUUAUCAAUUUUCUUUGUCAUGGUCGUGUCUGUUUUUCUGUUUUCUAAAUGUGACCUUGUCUGCUUUUUGGUAAUUGUCGUAGCCACAAUCCGUUCUUUUUUUUUUCUCAAUUUUGACAUCCACGAAUGCGGCUUAUCAUCGAUUUGUCCCAUGGGUGCCACUAAUGGAACGCAAUCCGCCUAUUCUUCUGGAGAACUUGAGAAUACCGAUUUUUUUUUUUUUUUUUUUUUUUUAACUCAGUCUUAAGUUUUUUGUGUUUUGUUUUUUUAGACUGUUUUUUGUCUUAUCGUUGUUUUUAUUUUUGCAAUUUUCAAAAUCAAUUAUAUUUCUUAAGUGUCAGGCAAAAUUUAACGAUAAUGUGGCGAUUUCCUCUAUAAUUGAUUAAUUUAGAGUCAUAAUAGGAAUGUAAAGAAAUCAGUAGUAUUGAGUUUAUAUUUUAUACUUCGAAAUAUGUUCAACACUUUUAUACCUAUCGAUUAAAAGCCUUGUUAUUUAU